AUGCCGGAGGGCCCAGGAGGAGGUGAGGGGGACCUCCGCGCUCGAUGCGUGGCCCUCGAGAAAGCUUACGUGCACGAGGUUUACAAGCAACUUUCGGCCAACAACAACAAUCAAGUGCUCGGAGGUGCACCUAAACUACUCGCCAAUGUGACGGCUUUCCUAAGCGAACUGGAACCGGGGAGCGUCGUGGCUGAUGUGGGAUGCGGUCCCGGGAGAUAUCUCUCGUGUCGACCCGACAUCGCUAUGGUCGGUGUGGACGCUUGCUGGGGGAUGACGGAGCUGUGCCGUACGCGCAGCGGCCAGAACGUAAUGUGCGCCGACAAUUUGAACCUGCCUCUGAGAGACGAGGCUUUCGAUGCCGUCAUCUCGAUAGCCGUGAUUCAUCAUUUCGCAUCAAAAGAACGCCGAAUCGAAGCUCUCAAGGAGCUCGCCCGCAUCACCCGCAUCGGAGGGCGGGUACUCAUAACUGUUUGGGCGAUGGAACAGGAUUCGAAUCGACGAUUUGAGUCGCAAGAUAUUCUCGUGCCUUAUCGACAACCCUCCAUCUGCACUGCUUGUCAUCACAGUUCACAUGGAAACAACUAUGUGCAAACUACCCUGCUGAACAACCUUUCAAAUUCUUUAAGCGGCGCAAACAGUGGAUCAAACAAACUGCAGAAGCAGUUGCGUCGAUCGUGUGCAGUGAGCUACAGCACUGCUACCUCUGAGGAUGACUGCCAAUCUGAACGCGAUUUCAGCAUUUACAACAAACCAAGACUACGCCGCUGGGCGUUCACGCGCGGCCGCAGUUUGGAGGACAGCUACAGCUCGGACCAGUCGAGUCCCUCAGACACGUGCUACUCGUUCGUCCGCAGGGCAGUGCAGAGACUAUCGUCAGCUUCGUCGAGCGAGAGCAGACGAAGCUAUUUCCACAAGAUCUGUAGACGACCGUGGCUGACGGAUUCGACGGAUUCGGGGACGGGAAUAAAUGUAUCCCUCUCUUCUGCUGAGCGUAUGAGCGAGAGUCCAGAUUUAUAUGAAGAGGAGGCCCAAUCCGAGAGGCAUGAUGUUUCCAAGAGCGAAAGCUUCGACUCGGACGACUUCUGCGAAGACAACGGCUUCAUCGAGUUGCAGAAUCUCGAUCCGGAGUCGCCAGAAGAGCAACAGGACCGUCAGCAGGACGACGGGGAGAAUCCGCGAGAUCGAGUGUCGCCUCUGUUUUCAUCUAGCGGUCUAAAACACAAGUCUCGUUCACUCGGAGACAUGUUCAGCAUGAUUCCAUCGCUGCUGAUGAGAUCCCGGAGAAGACGUUCGGCCCGGAAUGUCGAUCUCCAGAAGAGAGCCUCCACCGUCAGCGAUCCCCGCGAGUACCUGCUGCGAUCCAAAGAAAAGUCGUUCGUUUCUCGCUCGUCAUCAACCACUUCCGAGGGCUUCAUGCGAUUCGACUACUUCAGAUUUCUGGAAGAACUCAGCCCAGACGAGAGCAAUGGUAACGGCAGCACAACAGCAAUCCAUGAAGAGGAUAAGAGCGAUUCGAUCGGGGAGAAUGAGCCACUACUUCGAGUUUCCGAUGAAGAUUCAGGGGGAGUCAGUCCAUCUUCAUGGUGGAGUCCACAAACCAACGCGUCAUCGACGUCGCCGCCUGAAACACCGCAGGACAGACCCGCGUCGCAUUCUCAAGGCAGCCAUGUGUCACCCCCACUUCAUCCGCAAGUGGCAUCGAUACAGCUGCAAACGCCACAUAUAGAUCUAGCUAGUCGCCGUAGGUUGAAGUUUCAAGGGACUCGGCUUCAAGAAAAAGCUCUUCGAAACCAGUUCUCUAAGAAAAGUUCAUUCGACAAAUUUCUCCGGAAGCGCACCCUGGCAACGAGAGGCUACUGCUCGAUGCCAAAUCUCAGCGUUCUGUCCGCGUCGUUCAACGAUCGCUCGCCCGCGAGUCAUCUCCGAGUGCUACUCAAGCGGCCGCCGGCGCCGGACAUUACUGAAUUCGAAUUGAAACUCGGUCUCAUAGAUGAAGACGGUAACCUUCGCAAUCCCCUGCGUCCAGCCGAGCAUCGGGGAUCGUUCUCCUCGCACGUUCCUCUACGGUUGCCGGCAAGGAGGAGUUUGAGUAUCGAAACGGGAGCGUCCGGGAGUACCUACCACGGUUUGGGUUUACCGCCGCAGCCCUCCCUGCGAUCCGCACUUAACAGACGGUACUCUUUGUCGGCGGUUCAGGGAACUUCGUGCAGCCUCAUGCCUGGGAUUCUAUCGAGGAGCUGGGUGUCUAAAGCUAGGCAUGAUAGUUUGAAAAGUGACACAAGCGUAGAGUCCGAGUCGGAUUCGGUGGUCUCUGUGAUCUAUCGCUCGAAGGCUUCCGGUAGCGGAAGCGCCGGCAGUAUCGGGGGUGGACUCAGUGACAACAGCAUCGACAGUGAAGAGAGCAUUGUGUCCGUGAUCCACCGAUCGACGGAGGAUACAACUCGCGCCGGCUCUAAUGGAAGCACAAAUGGAAGCCGCUCGUGGCAAGCGUCCCCGCUCACCAUCUCUCAGGCAAACAGUCGGGAAGGAUCGUUCAGCUCACCUGAGUAUUCACCCACUCUGAAAAGUAUACCUGUGAAAGCAUCCGAGAAAGUCGCAAGUCGGCUGUGGGAGACUUCGCUACUCGAAGUCGAAGGCGAACACACACCGGAGCGAGGACAAACACCUCAACCGGUGAGUGCGGGGAGCCCAGCCAGCGAUAGUCAGGACUGCGAGACGACCUUGGCCGUUGAUGAUGGUUCGCUCGCUUCCAUAGUUCAACUGGAUGAUGAUUUGUUGGUCAGCACUGGUGGAGAAACGGUCGAGACGAAAGAUCCCAAUCAGCUAGAUGACGUACCGAGCGGUCCAGCUGAACCGAAGGCGUCCAACUCGCCUCAGCUGUCGCCAUCAUCGUCGUCGGAUGACGCCCCGUACAUGUCUGAUGAAGAGGUGCAAUGCGAAGACAUUCCGGAGAGCUUCGAGUUAUUAGAGGUCACAGAGUCACAGAAAACUCAACCAGAUCAGAGUAGGCUUCAACCGCCCACUUCACGUAGAAUGUGUUCCCCAGUCGAUCCCCUGGAUAUCGACGACGAGUCAAUUCUAGAAUCGAUUCCCGAAGAGGACGAAUCGUGCAGUCCAGUCAAGUCUCCGAGAAGCAGCAGCAGCAAGCAACAGGGAGGGACGGAGCAGGGCUCAGGAGAACAGGACACCCAUUUUCCAAUGCCUUCUGUACCUGAUCGAAGCAACCAAACGCAAACCCCAACGCUAUUUGACGUCUCUACCGCGAAACGGGCACUGUCUGCGCAGAGUUUACUUUCGUCGCUGCCGCCCGCUGAGCUAGAGGUGCCCCCGAGGCUAGUCGUUCCCUCGGGGAGUCAGGAGCACGAGCAGCAGGACCAAAACGAGAGCGCUCUUUUAAAAUACUGCGGUGAUAGCAGCAGCAGACAUCAGAUCACUUCAUCAACAACACCAACCAAGAAAGUGCAUUCAAUCGUACCUGAACAGGAGUCGAGUGCCAAUAGUCCAAGUUCGUCGUCAAGUUCUACAAGUUGUAGUGAACCGUGUUGUGUAGGGAUUUCACCGAUCGGCGUCGGCGCAGCUGGUGGAAACAGUAGCGGUAGCAACAUCAACAACGCCGGUGUUUCAGGUGCCGGCGAUGCGAGUGCAUCGGUGAAGCCGAUCGGAGCGCUACCCGUCAGCAGGCUCUGCCAACAGAGCUGUCAGGAUUGCUGUCGCCGAGCCAGUGAUGUGGGCCCUCAAAGUAAAAGCCCCAGAGACAGGGCGAAAUUUUCACCCCAAUACUCGUUACCUGAACAGAACAAGAAACAGCAGCAGCAUCAAGUACAGCAACAGCAACAGCAGCAGCAACAACAACAACAACAACAAGAGCUCACCGCUUCAUGCGAGCAGCUAUUUAGAAGAAAACUCUCCCCGCAGAGACAGCAACAGGAAGUCCAGCGCACUAGCGAUCCCCUCCAUGAAUUGCUCCGCGGUCCCACGCCCAAAACAUCAUCUUCAUCGUCAUCCUCAGCAGCUACAUCGUCUACUCAACAAAGCUCAGAUCUUUCGUUGUCCUACUCUGAUGAUCAACGAGGACGAUGCUCCGUUUCGCCGGAGCAUCCGAGUUCUUCGUCUUCGUCGGCGUUCAGUCCUCGAAGACGAACCCCCGACCUCCUCCGGACGUCGCCUCUCGAGAUGCUCGCUCAGGAACUUCGCUCCAGCACCGACGACAUGUACCGCAGGGCCACCGAAAACAUCUGUGCGCUGCACAUAGAUCCGCAGAUUGAAAGCUCUCCGGAGCGAAGACGUACUCCGGAUUACACCCGAUCGUCGCCAGACCCGAGAUUCGAGGACGCUCCUGAAGAUUAUCCGAACAAAUCACCCAUGGAUUACAAUUAUUGGGACGACUGGCUACCGCAGGCUUUGUCCAGGAUCUACGCAGCCAAAUCGACCUAUGAGUGCGAAGAGCUCUGCGAUCAGCUCACCGAAUUGCCGGAGUUCGCCUCGCAGGCCACCAGAUAUGUCGGAGGAAGGAUUUCUGCGGACGGAGACAUUUUCUACUCCGAUCGAGAUUCCCCUGAAGACCUGUGUCUCGCUCAGGACCCGUUCUUGGGGCUGGCGCAGAGCGUGUCAGCUUCGACUCCCCCGACUUCCCCCGAUCAGUUCUCCGACGCCGACGAGUCCACUGCGUCUACGACGGACCAAGAGAUUUCUGAUCUGAGCUCGAGUCUCGAGAGACUGCGUGUCUCGUGCGGCUUACAGCCGGAGAUGAGCUCCAGUGCACAACCUCUGAACAUCGUCAUCGAGGAUUUCUCUGAUCACGGAGGUUCAGACGUUGAAAUAUCUGAAGCCUGCUCGUCGAACGCUGCGAGCAACCUACACCAGCUCUAUGUUCAAGAGAGACAAGGCGGAUCGAGUUCUCUGUCCGAUCACUCGGAUAGGUCGUCGGCAAGUGUUCAGACGGUUUACAAGAUCGAAACUCCGCCUAAAGAUAUGUCACCCGAGGCUCUCUUGGAUUACGAGACGGAAUGCAACAUGGAAACCGAGGAGAUCAAGCAAGAGAAACUGAGCCUUACAUCGAGCUCUAGUGACGACUCUAGCGACGAGAACUUCGGCGAACACUGCUGUGGGAACAUGUCGGGACAUUCGACGGAAACAUAUCACCGAUACUACCACGUGUUCCGACAAGGGGAGAUCGAUUCUCUCAUCGAGAAAUAUGUUCACAGCCUCCACAUCUUGAAGUCAUACUACGAUCACAGUAAUUGGUGCAUCAUAGCUGAAAGGGUGCAGGUGUGGACAAUAUGA